ACGAACCUCCCUUUCAUUUCAGCGUUUCCAAACCAAAGGAAACUCUCGUGCGCUUUCCCCCUCUGUCUUCACCACUCUUUUCUUUAACAGGUAAAAAUUAAUUCAUCAGGACGUUCCUGUUUCCAAAUAAGUAAAUAAUAAUGAUAAUAAUAAUUUAGGACCGUUUAAAACCCCGUCCUAACAAUAAUAACACAGUCUUGAGUAUUGUAGGUAGAGAAAUGGAAGUUGAGGCGGCGAAAGCGCUGAAACCGAGCUUGCGGACAGAGUUUAUUUUCCCGCAAGCAAUUUGCGACGAGAUUUUGUGCCUGAACGCAAACAACAUUGUUGUGAGUGAAGAUUUCUCCGUGGACGACCUGCUUGACUUCUCCAACGGCGAAGUCCAAGUUGGGAAAGAAAUUGACGACUACGAAGAAGAGGAAGACGAAGAAAAAGACAGCACCACCUCUCAGUCACAGGACCCAACAGAAGACGACAGCAACUCCAAUUCUACCGCCGGCGCCGCCGACUCUGACUCCGUUUUCGCCGGCGAGUUGUCUGUUCCGGCUGAUGACGUGGCGGACCUGGAGUGGGUUUCUCACUUUGUGGACGAUUCUCUCCCGGAGCUCUCUCUAUUGUACCCGGUUCGUUCCGAGCAAACAAGAGAACAGGCCGAACCGGAACCUAGACCGGGCUCAGCGCAGGCCUCGUUUAAUCACUCAGCAGUCCCCAGCAAGCCCAGAACCAGAAAGACUAGAAAGCCCAUAUCUCGUGUCUGGUCCUUUAACGCCUCGCUCUCGCCGCCGUCUUUGUGUUCUUCAGUGUUGGAUGGCUCCGUCCCGAGGAAGGAGUUUGGCGAGCCGCCGGCUAAGAAGCAGAAGAAAAAGGCCGAGGCCCAGAGCAGUGGGGCCCAGUUGCAGCGACGGUGCAACCACUGUCAGGUGCAGAAAACGCCACAGUGGAGAACCGGCCCACUGGGCCCAAAAACACUCUGCAACGCUUGCGGGGUUCGGUACAAGUCCGGCCGACUUUUUCCUGAGUAUAGACCGGCAUGUAGCCCCACUUUCUCUGGCGAUAUUCACUCGAAUAGUCAUCGUAAAGUGUUGGAGAUGAGGCGGAGAAAGGAGAUGAAUGGACCGGAGACCGAUUCGGACCGGGUUCAAAUGGUUCCGAGUUGCUGAAUUUUGUCCAAUAGGUUAGACUAGGUAUACAUGAACCAAACGGUCUGAACCGGGUUGAUAUUUGUAGCAUAGUUUAGUGAUUAGUGAUUUUAAUUAGUGGAAGUCAGCUAGGGAGGUAACGGAAAUUAGGAAGGCAUUAAUUGUUUGUAUCCCAAUUUUCCUAUGGUAGUUAAUUUAUUUAAUGAAAUAUAGUUAAGCCGAGGUCUUGGCCAU